ACUCGAGUUUAUUAAUAAUAUUUAGAUUUUCUAUCUGUUAUUAAUUUUCUGUCAAUUAAACUGUAAAUUAAGUUAAAACAUUAAUUUAAUGCACUUGACUUUAUUUUUAUUUCACCGGUCAAAUAAACUAUGGUUUACAGUAACGAAUGUUACCGAAACUCAACGAACAUUACCCAAUAAUUUCCGACGCUAUAUCGUGAUUUUACCUAGACUUCUAGUUAAGCAUAGGCCUACUUGAUAGAUCUACCAAAUAUAUUUUGAAAAGUAAAUUACUAAGUCCUUGUUAAUGUUAUGUAAAGUAAGCAGCUUAGCUUAAAUUCGGCCGCUACUGAUCUAGAAUCUAGAGAUCUAGUAAUGUGAAAAAUAAAAUAAGGUAGUUACGUGCAACACUUGAAUUAACAGCAUUCAAAGCUUGCUGUAGGCAGAUAUUUUUCUAGAUAGAAUGAUGUCAUCUUCUCCACUUGUUUUUAAACAUGGCUUUCAAAGAAUGUCAAGAUUCAGCUACAUCCACGCUCAGAGCUGGAGACCAACCACGCCCCUUUUUAUGUGUAAAUAUAAUUCUGUAUGGCUUCAACAAAGCCAAAACAUUUCUUCAAUGCCUCUCAGAAAAUCUUUGUUUGAUAGCAGGUCUUGUUUAACACUGUCUAGUUCAUCAUCACCAAGCUAUGAGAAGGGAUGUAUCCAGAGAGGAACUAUUAGAUGCAACCAGACAAGUUCUGAAUCCAAGCAACUUCUUGAAAAAAUUAAAAAUAUGGAGUUUAGGGAGAUUUAUUUUACCACAAGUAUUAGAAUGUUUCGUACUGUGUGUACCUCUAAUAAGUUAUCUUGUUUGGCAGCGAUUCUUGGGGUCCCUGUAAGUGGGGGUGCUGCUCUACUAGGAGCGAUUCCAACUCAGACUGCUCUCAGUAUUUCUAGUGUUUUAUUACUUUACCCUUUAAUUUUUCUGGCGCCUGUUUUUUUUAUUUCUAGGGUUGUGGCUAAAAUCAUGAUUAGUGAUAACCAAGAAUAUCUCAAAAUGUCACAUUUAACUAUGUUUGGACAACGGCGAGAUAUUUAUGUCAAACCUACAGACAUUUUACCACUCCAGCAUCAUGCUGAUGGAGUAUUUUCUAAAAAGAUGGCUGUUGUAAAGUUUAGAUCAAGCUCUAAAUUUUUAUUACUUUUUCCACACAACGGUAGUCAGAACACAGAUGUGGAGGCCUUGGAAAUUAUAUUUAGUGGGGAGUUGUUAAACAAAGAAAACAAAAAAGAAGACACUGAAUAGAUAGUUAUAUUUAUUUUCAAAAUACCAACUGCUUUUUAAAAAAAACAUGUAUUUUUGUAUCUGUUAUUCAAACAAACAAAAAAGACUAGUUAUUAUGUAUAUUGAGUCUAUUUCAGAGUUUCUUCCAGGUAUCUCUGCCG